CAACAACUCGGUGCUGUCAAUUUGAGUGAAGGAAAAUUUUCUGAUGCAACAUCAUCAAAUCGUAAUUGCGGAAGUUUUUCGUGAAAUAUUGAAAAUUUCAGGAGUUUUAAGUGCAACCGAGUGAAAUUCUGGACGCGUUAUCAUGGCGGAAGAUGAUGCGAUAUUCGACCCUUCCUUGAUGAAGAAAAAGAAAAAGAAGAAGACUCCCUUUGAUUUGGAAGGUACGACUGGCGAGGAGAGUGGUGAUCUAGCUACAAAUGUCACUAGCGAUGCGGCAGCCGCGGAAGAAAAUGCUGCUGGAAACGGAGCCGAUGCAACCGGAGACUUGAAGGACAAUUUGGAGUUUGAAAGUUUCGGAAUUAAGAAAAGGAAGAAGAAGAAGCCAUUCUUCAAUCUGGAUGAAUUGGACAAUGCGCUGCCGGUCUUGGAAGCUGGUACUGAUGGUGAGAAGGAAAGCAAGGAAGGUCGUUUGGAUGAGGGAGAUGGCGGUGUGUUCGGUGCUGGUGAUGAUGGACUGGAUGAUGAUGAUAUGAAGAUCGAUUUUAGCAUGAAGAAGAAAAAGAAAAAGAAGAAGGAUCUGACGGAGUUGAUGGAGGCGGAGGAGUUAGCCCGAGAAGAGGAAAAAGAAAAUGGCCUUACGGAUAACGACGGAUGUGAUACGGAAUUUGUGGAUGAGCACAGCACGACGUGGGCUGGUUCGGAUCGUGAUUACACGUAUGACGAGCUGCUACAGCGUGUCUUCGAGAUCAUUCUGGACAAAAAUCCCGACAUGGCUGGUGGACGAAAACCCAAAUUUGUGAUGCGGCCUCCUCAAGUUCUACGUGUCGGAACGAAAAAGACUUCCUUCGCAAACUUUACAGAAAUUUGCAGAACCCUGCACAGACAACCGAAGCAUUUAUUGGAUUUUCUUUUGGCCGAACUGGGUACCAGUGGUUCGGUGGAUGGUAACUCGCAGCUGAUCAUAAAAGGUAGAUUCCAACCGAAACAAAUAGAAAACGUUUUGCGGCGGUACAUCAAGGAGUACGUGACAUGUCAUACCUGCCGUUCGCCAGAAACCAUCCUCCAAAAAGACACUCGUCUGUUUUUCCUGCAGUGCGAAACGUGCGGGUCACGCUGUUCUGUGGCCAGUAUUAAGUCUGGUUUCCAGGCCGUUACCAGCAAACGUGCGGCCAUUCGCGCAAAAACGGCCUAGAAUGGCGCUUCCUUACGUCACGUUCAGUUUUUUUGUUUACCGGUUCCAUGUUAUGUGAAAAAACUUACAACAGUCUCAAGAGAUAAACGCUAUGGAAAUUUAGUAAGCACUGAAUAGAUAAAAGUUUGGUAUCAUUACCAUGUGGAAUAUUCUUUAUUAAUAAACGCUACGUUCUUCAGUGGCACAUGUGUGUAGGAACUUCAAAAUUUUAUAAAUUUCCACCCGACAUAAUAAAAUGCACUAACCUAAUUGUA